GUCCCCAAAGGCAGAUCCCUAUGCCGGGCUCAUGACGUGCAAGGAGAAGGACUGGGUGAUCAAGGUGCAGAUGAUGCAGCUGCAGAGCGAGAAUCCUCACCUGGAUGACUACUAUUACCAGGUGGCCGUGUCCACAUGCUACAGCCCCCGCCGGGCCAUCGACGCGGUGCACCACGCUCUGCAGGAGGAGGCUGCGGGGAACCAGCGACUUCGGGCUCUGCACAGGAUCGAGAAGAUGUUCCUGCAGCUGCUGGAAGUGGAGGAGACGCAGCGGAAGAUGAGCCUGCUACCCGAGGAGCAGCACCCCCGUUUCCGGGAUAAGAAGAGCCAUGAAGUGGGGCGCAUCUACCAGGCUCUGAAGAUCAGGGCAUGCGACAGUGAGGAGGAGGCAGAGGACGAGUUCCUGCAGAUCCUGUGUGUGCGGAAGGGGAAGAAGUUGACGGCACGGUUGCUGCCGCACCUGACGCGGGAGCAGGCGGAGGAGAUCCUGGUCACCAUCACCCACCACCUGCCUUUCCUCAUGCGGAAGGACACGCUGGACGAGUCCCUUCCGGUCCUGUACGGCCCCCUCAGUGAGAUGGUGGGCCGGAUGACCUUCAGCAAGCUCAUCGAGGUCCUGCAGGAGCUGACCAGGCCGCUGGCUGGCUCCACCCCCCUGCCGCUCACCAUGACCUUUAAGAACCAGUUCGGGAUCUCGCUCCUGUACGCCCUGCUGAGUCACGGCGAGAGGCUCCUCUCCUCGGACGCGCCGCUGGAGCCGCACAGCGGGGACUUUGAGAAGUGGACGGACACGGUGUUCCUGGUUGCCAAGGAGCUGUCCCAAGUGCCCAAGACCGCCCUGGUGGAGCCCCUAGUCCUCCCCAGCAACCUCCUCUCUUUGUUCUGCCGCUACCUGGACAAGCAGACCAUCCAUCGCCUGGAGGCCAAGAUGGAGUGA